CCAAAAGCUUCUCUGAUGCUGAUUAUCUAAUAGAAAAGAAAGCCAAGCCAACGGUAUUUAUUUUUCAGUUCCACCAACAAAAUUCACAAUCAACUUCCCUUCUCUGUUUCUUUCUCCUUUUUUUCAACGUUUGGGAACUCGAGUUUUAGUUUUUCUUAACUGAAAUUUUUUGACUCGGGAUCUCAGUAAUGGCAAUUUUGAUUCCCAGUCAUUGCGUGCGAGUUUUGAUUCUCGUGAUGUUAUCUCCACCGUUGGCUCCUCUGUUGGCCUUUGCAAAUCGCAAAUAAGUUUGUUAUCGUAGUCUCUCUCUCUCCUUUUUUUUGUGUGUGUUUGGAGGUUUUAUGCUCACAUGAAACUGUGAUCUUGUCGUUGGUUUGUUGGGAAAUCUGUCCAGAUCUGACUUAUUUCCGCUUACAAUCAACGGCGUCGGCGAUGUCAGUUUUUGUUCUUUCAAAUCCCUGUGGAGCAUUGGGAAAUAUCUGUUCGUUUUUGGUGAAAGUUGUAGUUGUUGUGAGUUGUGCCAUUUUGGUCACCGGUGCCGAUUUGGCAAAUAAUCUACUCCAAGCGCAUGCACAAUCGCCCACUAUAGCACAUGAGGGUGCACCAACUGUUUCUGGUCUUCCCUUACCUUGCAAUCCGCCAUCGAUUCAUAGAUCACGUCGAAGAUAUUUUUCACCGCAUAGUGCACUAACACUUAUAGCACCAGUCCAACCUCCUCUUAAUGGCCCCUUUAUAACUGCCCGUCACCCUCCUACCAGCUCCCGCCUGUCGAAACCAUUGAUGAAGAAGAGUGCCUCAGGGUCUUCAGGUGCAGACUUGCUAAAUAUUGCCCCUACACAGAUCAGUCCUGGUGAAAUUCCCACUGGCUUGGCUCAACCACCAUUGUCUCCUGAAGUGUCUGAUUGUUGCAAACCAAAUUCAAUUUUGAAACGAGGGAGUCAUGGUUGCCAUUGCGUGUAUCCCAUAAUGCUUGACCUUCUCCUUUUAAAUGUCUCACAAAACCCAAAUUGGCGUGUUUUUCUGGCCGAGCUAGCUUCUCAGCUUCAAUUGCUGCCUACUCAAAUCGACAUUACAAAUUUUUAUUCAAUCACUUUAUCAAGAUUAAAUAUCUCUAUGGAUAUUACUCCACAUACAGGGAUCAGUUUUUCUGCCAGUGAUGCAUCUAAAAUAAACUCUUCACUUGUGAUGCAUAGGGUUCAUUUUGACCCAGAUGUAGUUGGAGAUUUCAAGGUUCUUAAUUUUACAUGGUUUGAGGCUCCCGCACCCUCCCCAGCUCCCGUUGUGGUUUCAGAACCUGUAGCUGCACCAGCACAUAAAUCCUCCAGUUCUACAUCACCAAGCCCUUCAAACAAGGGCAAGCAUUCGGAUUUGACUAUUGUCUUUGGUAUUUCUGCUGGCUUACUGGUUUUUGCUAUAAUAUCUGUGCUUAUAAUUUGUUCCUGUGCAUUCCGUGGGGGAAAGGCAGAAGCAUCUCCUCAAGAACCUGUAAAGCCAAGGUCUGCGGAUGUGGUUGCACAAGCAGGAUCUCUUGCCCACCCAAGCAGCACACGGUUUUUACAAUAUGAAGAGCUUAAAGAAGCAACAAACAACUUCGCACCAGCGAGCAUACUAGGGGAGGGUGGGUUUGGCAGAGUUUUCAAGGGUGUUUUAAGUGAUGGUACAGCUGUCGCGAUUAAAAGGCUUACCAGUGGAGGGCCUCAAGGAGAUAAAGAGUUUUUAGUUGAAGUUGAGAUGCUCAGCAGGUUGCAUCAUCGUAAUCUUGUGAAACUUGUAGGUUACUAUAGCAGUCGCGACUCUUCACAAAACUUGCUUUGUUAUGAGCUUGUUCCAAAUGGAAGCUUAGAAGCCUGGCUCCACGGCCCCUUGGGAGUAAAAUGUCCUCUGGACUGGGACACGAGAAUGAAGAUUGCACUUGACGCUGCACGAGGACUAGCAUACCUUCAUGAGGACUCACAGCCAUGUGUUAUCCACAGAGAUUUCAAAGCAUCCAAUAUAUUACUUGAGAACAACUUUCACGCUAAAGUUGCUGAUUUUGGCCUUGCCAAACAAGCACCUGACGGCAGAACAAACUACUUGUCUACUCGUGUAAUGGGAACAUUUGGGUACGUCGCUCCUGAGUAUGCGAUGACUGGACAUCUACUGGUAAAAAGUGAUGUUUACAGCUAUGGAGUCGUAUUGCUCGAGUUACUCACCGGAAGGACGCCUGUAGAUAUGUCGCAACCAUCAGGACAGGAGAACCUUGUCACGUGGGCGAGACCAAUCCUGAGAGACAAGGAUCGGUUGGAGGAGCUAGCUGAUCCAAGGCUUGGAGGGAAGUACCCAAAGGAAGAUUACGUACGAGUUUGCACUAUUGCAGCUGCUUGUGUUGCUCCUGAGGCAAACCAAAGGCCCACAAUGGGGGAAGUAGUACAGUCUUUAAAAAUGGUGCAGCGUGUUACUGAAUAUCAGGAUUCCUUAACCAUUUCGAACAACCGGCCUAACCAGAGGCAGUCUUCUACAACUUUUGAGUCCGAUGAGUCAUCAUCGGUGUUCUCUUCCGGUCCUUUAUCCGGCCUAAGCGCUUUCGACAAUGACAACAUCUCAAGAACGGCAGCUCCAUCUGAAGAUCUCCAUGAAGGACGAUGAACACUUCAACGUCGAUAAAUUUAUUCGGUAGGAAACGACGGGAUUCGAAUGGAAGUGUAGAUUUUGUAAUAUCUGUAGAUGGGGAAUGGGUUCUUGUCCCAAUUUGUUGUACCGCUGUUAAAUUUCCCCCUCUGCAGUGGUGGAUGAAAUUUUGUGCAUAUGCACCACUGUAGCUUUUGUUAUUCAAUGGAU